ACAAAGAACUCGCCACUCCCGCACUCCGCCUCGCCAUGGCAUCGCAUCUCACGCGCGCCCUCCUCUCCUCCCCGCCGUCCUCCGCCGCCGCCGCCGCCACCGCCUCUGCCGCCGCCGCGCUCCUAUCCUCCACGUCGCCGCUCCCCGCGGCGCGCUUCCUCCAGCUCCACGCGCACCUCCUCCGCACGGGCCUCCUCCUCCUCCCACUCGCCCCGACCGCGGCCUCCGCCUUCCUCUCCCUCGCCGCCGCCUCCCUCCCGUCGCACCGGGCGCUGCCGGUCCUCCUCCACCACCUCGCCCUCGCCCCGGAGACCCUCCCCUCCACAUUUCGCCUCAACGCCAUCCUCCGCUCCCUCCGCGGCCCCGACGCGCUCCGCUUCCUCCGCCGCGCCCGCGCGCUCGGCCGCCGCGGGAACGCCUUCUCCCUGUCCAUCGUCCUCGGCCACUGCCGCGCCCUCGCCCACGCGCGCCAGCUUCACGCCAACGUCGUCGCCGAGGGGCACUCCCCGGACGCCCUCCUGGCCACCUCGCUGGUGAGUUCCUAUGCUGCCUGCGGCGACGGGGACAGCGCUCGCAAGGUGUUCGAUGAAAUGCCGGUCAGGGACACUAUCGCGUGGAACGUUCUCAUCACUUGUUAUACCAGGAACCGGCGGACGAAGGAUGCUCUCAAGCUUUUCGAUGCGAUGAGGGGUGGGGAGAAUGGGGCAGAACCAGACGAUGUCACCUGCAUUCUCCUUCUCCAAGCGUGCACGAGCUUGGGUGCGCUCGAUUUCGGGGAGAAGGUCUGGGAGUAUGCGGUGGAUCAUGGAUAUGGGGGUGAGUUGAAGGUGCGUAACUCGUUGAUUACAAUGUACACAAAGUGCGGCUGUGUGGACAAGGCAUACCAGGUGUUUUGUGAGACUCCUAAGAAGAGUGUGGUCACAUGGAGUGCAAUGAUCUCGGGUUUGGCAUCUAAUGGUUUUGGGAAGGAUGCUAUAUCUGCAUUUGAGGAGAUGGGUAGAUCAGGCGUUGCUCCUGAUGAACAGACAUUUACUGGUGUGCUCUCAGCGUGUAGUCAUAGCGGGCUGGUUGAUGAGGGGUUCAAGUUUUUUGAUAUUAUGUGUUACGAAUAUCAGUUAAAGCCGAAUGUUCAUCAUUAUGGAUGCAUGGUAGACCUCAUGGGCCGUGCUGGCUUGCUUGAUCAGGCAUAUGAACUGGUGGUAAAAGACAUGAGGGUAGCACCAGAUGCAACGAUUUGGCGAACCCUUCUUGGUGCAUGCAGAAUUCAUGGACAUAUUGACCUUGGAGAGCGUGUAAUCAACCAUCUAAUUGAACUGAAAGCGCAACAAGCUGGGGAUUAUGUUCUAUUGCUUAAUACUUAUGCAGCAGUUGAAGAUUGGGGAAAGGUAGCAGAGGUCAGGAAGUUGAUGAAGGAGAAAGGGAUCCAAACUACUCCUGGCUGCACGACAGUAGAACUGAACGGCGAGAUCCAUGAAUUUAUUGCAGCUGAUGCUUCACAUCCAAGAAAGGCAGAGAUUUAUGAAAAGCUUGAUGAGAUAAACAAACAUCUUAGAAUAGCUGGUUAUGUUCCUAACGUGUCGUCGGAGUUGCAUGAUUUGGAUUCUGAGGGGAAGGAAUGCGCCCUCGCAUAUCACAGUGAAAAGCUAGCAAUUGCUUUUGCUCUUCUUGUGACACCACAGCAUAGACCAAUAAGGCUUGCUAAGAAUCUUCGUGUUUGUGUAGACUGCCACAAUUUCACAAAGGUAUUCUCUGGUGUAUAUCAUCGCUUAGUGAUUGUCAGAGACAGAACCCGAUUCCAUCAUUUCAAGGAAUUCCAGUGUUCGUGUAAUGAUUAUUGGUAGUCCACCAUUUCUUUCCUGUGCAUUUAUGCUGAUUACAAAGGAUAUAAAGUGUUUGCACACAGUGAAUAUCAGAGCUUCGUUGAGUGCUGGAAUUGAUGAUAUUGGCAUGAGAUGCAAGAUUACAUCAGUUGUGUAUGCAGUCAGACAUGUCACAUGAUCUAUCUGGACACAAGGACCAGAUCUCAACAAAAACUAUCUAAAACACCAGGUCAUUAAGAUUGCAUCACUGCCUUAUGAAGAACAUGAUCUUCCCUAGAACAGCAAUGUGUUGAGGUUUGGGCAGUGUUCAGUUAUCAGGUUCAUUUAUACAUUAUUGCUUAUUUGAACCUACAAAAAACGUAACACCAUAAAGAAUAUCCUUGGCCAGAAGCAGAAAGGAAACUAAUGAUGAAUUAUAGCAAUUCCUUGCUAGUCUGUCACACAAGGUUUCAUUGGCAAGCACCUGCACAUUGGGCUUCAAAGCUUAAGGAACAUACACUUUCCACCUCUUAAGAUACUGUUAGAUGUGUUGAUCUCUCAGCAGAGAUUAGUAAUGAUCAAUAUUUGUACAACUUGAGAAAUGAAGCAUCACUAUCAAUUUUCAUGGUGGUGAUGAUGAUUCUAGUUGAGAACAAGCCAGUCAACCUUAAUGUCCACGACUCAGUUGUUCAAGGAUUAUUAACAGUAUAUAUUUAAGAGAGCAAUAGUGAAAUACAAGGUGCACGAGUGAAUGCCUAUCUCGGUAAGGAUGCCCAAUCUAUACAGGCUAGUGACUGUUGUUUUUUCUUUUACAACAGCCGAUCUCUACAAUGACUUGUUUGAUGAAUUUAUCUUUGUUGACGUGAUGGUCGAAGGCUCUCUAAUAAAAUUGCAGGAGAAGCAUUAGUUUCACAUUUAAUGUGAUAAAAGAGAGUAUAUCUUCUUAGUUCAUAUAAUAGGAAUAAUGGGACCAUGUCCAGGCACCAGCUAUCCCUGCGGCUCUGCAAAACUCAUGAUUUUGUAGUGCACCUUUCUUUGAUGUUGGAACUUGGAACCAACUGAUGGCUCUCAAGUCUGAACAGUGUCCUAUCCAUGACAGGCAUCUAGGAUUUCUAGUGGAAUAUCCCAAUGGAAGUUCCUUUUGGCAUGUUCUGAUUUGGCGCUCCAUCAAUCCUCGACGCAAACAUGUAUCCUUCGUUUGCUAAUCAGACCUGGCUAUUCUUCUGCACAUCAAUUAUUUUAGUUGAUUUGUACAAUGAAAUUGAUGAUCAACCAAGCGCUUUCAAGACCAUUUUUUUUAAGGACGUUGAUUCUCUUCUGAAUAAGUCUUAUCGAUUAGGUGCGCUUAAUUUCUUUAUUGCUGAUAUUAUACCAUUGGAUUACGCAAUACAAGAAGAUGCGUGCAUCAUGUAUAUGAGUCUAUGACCGAGUUUGUUCCCACUAGCUCUCUUAUGUUGAUGUUGAUGUUUGCAUGGCAUUUUGGUUCCCUUUUAUUUCAUCUUGUCAAGUGUAUACUGCUGUUUAGCUGGUGAGAGUUUCUUUAAGCAUAGAUUUGACGAAUGGAAGAUGCAUCAAGCAAAUGUCACAUCUGACAAAAGACUUGGCUUCUCCGGUUGAACAUAUACAAAACCAAGCAACAACAACAACCAAAAAAAAAAAGAAAAAUCAGAAGAGCUAUCUAUCCUGUUAAUGAUAAUCUGUAUUUUUGUUAGGUUGUCCUUCCAAGUGCGUUGGACUAUGGACGACAGCCAACCACGUUCGCGGUACGCUGUUCAGAUCGGUGCCGUGCUUCCCUGCAAAACCUAUGCGUACGUUUUGGCUUUGCGUUGGCAGUUUGGCACGGCUGGUCGGCUGGUUGACCCAACAGCACAUCCACGGGACACCCAGUGAUGGCGUCCGGGCUUCGCCAUAUACACGGACGAGACGCUGCCGCCGGUCGCCGUUGCCGCUGCGCCUCUCUGAGCUUCUGCUGCUGCUGCUGUUCCCACUCCGACAGCGAGGUCUCACCGCCUCACCGCCCGGCAACACACAGCAACAACAACAGCGCAAUGCGUCCUCUCUAUCUUAAAAUAAAAUACUGUGACACAUCUGACGUCGUUGACUUUUUUAAACAUGUUUGAUCGUUCAUCUUAUUAAAAAAAUUUAAGUAAUUGUUA